AUGCCCAGGGCCCCGGCGGGGUCCGUCCGCACUCGGCCAGUGCCCAGGGAGCUCGGGCCCUAGCGAGGAGAGGCGCGCCAAGCCUCCUCGCGGCUUUCAGCUGCAGCUCAGGAGCCGCCCGUGCCUUGUCCUCCCGCGCGGGCGCCGCGGGCUGACACGGUGCGGGAGACCCGCCGACCGGGCGCGGCCCGGCUUCCGCGCCAGCCCCGCGCCCGCCCCGCGCCCGCGAGGCCCCGACAGCCGCCGCGCCGAAGCGGCCGCGCCUCUCGGGAUCCCGGCGGCGGGGUCCUGCCAGGUGAGCGGCCCAGCGGCCCCGACGCGGGCAGCGCUUCCCGGGUACGAGUCGCCUGGCCCCGCGUCGCCUCCGGCUGCUCGAACCAGGUCCCGUGGUGCCCUUUCCUGGCGGGGCCCCGAAAUACUCACGGGCUUCCCGCCCUGCGCGAGGACAGAGGACCUGAGCCUGCUGCAGCCCUCUCCUUGCGGGGUUAG